AUGACGACGUCACAAGAAGGAAAGGGCACAAAGACUGUGUUCACGUUGAACACUGGUGCCAAGAUGCCCGGUGUCGGCCUGGGCACCUGGCAGUCAAAGCCCAAUGAAGUCCGUGAAGCUGUAAAGCACGCUUUGCUGGCUGGCUACCGCCACAUUGACACCGCCCUUGCGUAUGGCAACGAGGCAGAGGUCGGCCAGGGCAUCAUCGAUUCUGGUGUUCCCCGUGAACAGAUCUGGAUCACCACCAAGCUCGACAACCCCUGGCACAAGCGCGUCGAAGAAGGUAUCGCAUCCUCACUGAAGGAUUUGAAGACCGACUAUGUCGACUUGUACCUCAUGCACUGGCCCAGCUCGUCGGUCCCAGAGGACCUGAAGAAGCACUAUGAUGACUGGAACUUCAUCGAUACAUGGCGCGAGAUGCAGAAGCUCGUGGGGACCGGGAAGGUUCGAAACAUUGGCGUUUCCAACUUCGUCAUUUCCAACCUCGAGAAACUUUUGAGCGCUCCUUCGACGAAAAUCGUGCCCGCCGUUAACCAGAUCGAACUUCACCCUAACAUGCCUUCGCCAAAGACUCUGGCGUACUGCAAAGAGAAGGGUAUCCACAAUACUGCAUACUCCUGCCUGGGCUCUACCGACUCGCCUUUGGCCAAGGACCAGACCCUACAGAAAAUCGCUGAUGCCCACGGCAAGAGCCCCCAGCUAGUGCUGCUGCAGUGGGGUCUUCAGAGAGGUACCAGCGUGAUUCCCAAAUCUGUCACCAAGUCGCGCAUUGAGGCCAACUUCCAGCUCGACGGAUGGGAAUUGACACCAGAAGAGAUGGACCAGCUGAGCAAUAUCAAGGCCCGUUACAAGGUCUGUGGCGACUCGUGGCUCCCCAUUAAGGUCUUCUUCAAUGAGGAGGGCGAUGGUGGUGAUGUUCCCUCCCACUAG